AUGUUUUUGUGGACUGAACUCUUGGUGUUUGGCUUUGCCCUCAUUGUGGAUGCACAAGACACAGGUGGGUGGCAACUACUUAUUUGUUCAAUUUGCAUAUUUUGGAAUCUUCUUUAAAAGAACUACCCAAACUCAUUUGAAAAGAUCUAAGGGUUGGGUCUGAAAUCUUAGGUCUGAGGUGUGUCAAAAUCUUAGUGAGGGUUUCAUGAAAAGAAGAGCACCAGCAAUUCUUUAAAGGAUGACAUAUUCAUCAUUACCAGCGGCUCGGAAACAAUUCCUGGGCCAUAUUCAGUUGGGGUGGAAUACUUGAGAUAAGACCUUCAGGUCUGGCCAGCACUCUUUUAGAUUGAGAGCACCAAUAGACGGGACCACAGAAUCCUCCACCUUCCCGAACAAAUACUUACAUGUGGAGUUUGUUGGGAAUUGGAUGUUUGAAAAUCUCUGUAUAGCUCAGUUGGUUAGGGCAUGACGUUGAUAACCAGGGGUUGACUUAGCAAUUGGUCAGGUUGGCCCAGGGGUGUGUGUGUGUGUGUGUGUGUGCAAAAAUUGUGUGAGUUCCCUAGACUGCUCUGGGUGGUCAGGCAAGGCAUGCUAGAUCCUUUUGACUUCUCAGCAGAGGAAUGCAGCUGCUAGCUACAUUACUUUAAAUGAAAUCAAAUCUUCAUGGCAUGAUAAGCUGCACCCAAGGGUACUAAAGGAUCUUGUGGAUGUAAUUUCAGAUCCUUCUUUAAUUAUCUUUGACAAUUCUUCAAGAAAAGGUGGGGCUCCCAUAGACUGGAACCAGACAAAUGUUGACCCCAACUUUGAAGUCCCAGGUAAGUACCAGCCAGUGACCUUUAAGGCUUUCUGUCAUGCUUGGUGAGGGUAGGGUACCAUUCAGUGUGCCAUCUCCAGAAGGAGACGGAUGGUUGUGCCAGGUUGGGGGGAGGGGUUCCAGCUAUACACAAUUUUAGCUUUAUACAAAAUCUCUGAACCUGACCCCCCCAUGUUAUGAGUCAACAGUAUUCAAUGUGAUGUAUAGUAAGCUCUAUUUAUGUUCAAAUACCAUGAAAAAGAAUCAAUCAGCCAUAGAACAAAAGGUCUGAUGCUAUAUAUGUAUUUUAAUUAUGGAUGGUUAUAUUUUAAUGAGAUUGUUGUAUUGCUGUACUGCAAUUCCCUACAGACUCGGUCCAGACAAUUCUUGACCCCGACUUCGAAGACCCAGGUAAGUGCCAGCCAAUGACCUUGACAUCAAUACCUAGAACAGAUAAUUCAACAGUCAGUCAUGAGCAUUUAGAAAAGGAUGCUGUGAUUACGAAGACCCAGCAUGGGUUUCUCAAAAAUAAGUCCAGGAACACCCAAACCAUCCUUCACUUCCAGCAAUCCUACUGGAAUUGGAGAUCCUUUGGAGACCCAAUGCUGCCAUGAGUUAACUAGUAGCUUGGCCUUUUACCUCUGCCAGGUGAAGCUUGGAACACUGAUUUCAGGGAUUUUUAUCUGGUGAACACACACUCUGGAAAAAUCCAAACAGGACUGCCCAUGAUGGUAGUAGCCUUUGAAAAAUGUCACCAGUUUUAAGGCUUUCUGCCAUGCUUGGUGAGGGUAGGGCACCACGCAACACGCCACCUCCAGAAGGAUACGGAUGGUUGUGCUGGGUGCGAGUGUUUCCAGGAUUCUUCCAGAUAUACACGAUUUCAGCUUUAUGCACAAUCUCUGAACCUGUACCCGCCCCCCUCCCCAGUUCUGAGUCAACAGUAUUCAAUGCGAUGUAUAGUAAGCUCUAUUUAUGUUCAAAUACCAUGAAAAAGAAUCAAUCAGCCAUAGAACAAAAGGUCUGAUGUUAUAUAUUUAUUUUAAUUAUGGAUGGUUAUAUUUUAAUGAGAUUGUUGUAUUGCUGUACUGUAAUUCCCUACAGACAUGGUCCAGACAAGUGACUUCGAAUACCCAGGUAAGUACCAGCCAGUGAACUUGGCAUCAAUACCAGGGAAGGUCCUAGAACAGAUAAUUCAACAUCAGUCGGUGAGCAUUUAGAAAAGGAUGCUGUGGUUACUAAGACCCAGCAUGGGUUUCUCAAAAAUAAGUCAUGCCAGACCAAUCUGAUUUCCUUUUUUGAUGGAAUUACAAACUUGCUGGAUCAGAGAAAUGCUGAUUUCAGUAAGGCUUUUGACAAAGUCCCCCUUUAUAUUAUCUCAAGGAAGCUGGUAAAGUAUGGGUUGAACGAGGUAACGGUUAGAUGGAUUUGUAGCUGGUUGACUGACUGAACCCAAAGAGUACUCAUUAAUGGUUCCUUUUUCAUCCUGGAAAAAAGUGAUGUGGGGUGCCACAGGGUUCUGACUUGGGCCCGUUGUUGUCCAACAUCUUUAUAAAUGACUUGUUUGAAGGAAUUGAGGGGAUGCUCAUGAAAUUUGUAGUUGAAACAAAACUGGGAGGGGUAACUAAUACAACAGAAAACAGAAUCAAAAUUCAAAAUGGUUAGAGAACUGGGCACAAGCUAACAAAAUGAAUUUCUAUAGGGACUAUAGGGAAUUUUAACUAGGUUUUAAUACAUUAAUGAGAUUGCUGUAUUGUGUAUUUAAUUAUGGAUAUUUAUAUCUUUUUGAGUUUCUGAUAGGUUUUUAUAUUUUGUAAAACACUUUGCAGCCUAUAUUGGCAUUAAGCAGUAUAUAAAUUGUGUGUAUGCAACAUUGAAUUAUAAUUCAAUACUUCUAUAAAAAACCAGCUUAUAAAACAGUGUCCUUUUUCUUACAGUGCCCAAAUCACUUUGAAAAGAUCUAAGGGUUGGGUCUGAAAUCUUAGGUCUGAGGUGUGUCAAGAUCUUAGUGAGGGUUUUUCUGAAAAGAAGAGCACCAGUAAUUCUUUUAAGGGUAAAAUAUUCAUCGUUACCAGUGGGUGGGAAACAAUUUCUGGACCAUAUUCAGUUGGGGUGGAAUAAUUGAGAUAAGGCCUUCAGGUCUGGCCAGCACUCUUUUAAAUUGAGAGCACCAAUAGACAGGACCACAGAACCCUCUAUCUUCCUGAACAAAUACUUACGUGUGGAAAGAGUUUGUUGGGAAUUGGUUGUUUGAAAACCUCUGUAUAGCUCAGUUGGUUACGGCAUGAUGCUGAUAACCAGGGGUUGACUUAGCAAUUGGUCAGGUUGGCCCGGGGUGUGUGUGUGUGUGUGUGUGUGUGCAAAAAUUGUGUGAGUUCCAUAGACCCUUCUUCUGCUACUCUGGGUGGUCAGGCAAGGCACACCAGCUCCUCUGGACCCCUCAGCUGCUAGCUACUUUAAAGGAAUUCAAAUCUUCAUGGCUGCAUUCAAGGGCACUAAAAGAUGUUGCGAAUGUAAUUUCAGGGCCACCUUUGCCUCCGAUGUCUGAGAGUUUUUGGGGUGAUUUUGGGCGUAAAGGUGGGCCCCCCUAUCGUCUUGUGGACUGCGGUAAGUUUAUUGUUUCCUUGAAGAUGGAAUGUGACUAAUUUUAUUAAUUUUAUUAAGUCCCCCCCCCCGGUUACUCAGGAGCUGUGUUGAUCCACAUAUCCACAUAUUUACAUAUAUCACCCCAAAAGCAGUGGAACAUGACAUAAUCAAUAUGCCGAGGGCCUUCCGGUGGUUCCCUCAUUGCGAGAAGCAAAGUUACAGCGAACCAGGCAGAGGGCCUUCUCAGUAGUAGCACCCGCUCUGUGGAACACCCUCCCAUCAGAUGUCAAGGACAUAAACAACUAUCGGACUUUUAGAAGACAUUUGAAGGCAGCCCUGCUUAGGGAAGCUUUUACUAUUUGAAGAAUCAUUGUAUUUUAAUAUUCUGCUGGAAGCUGCCCAGAGCGGCUGGGGAAACCCAGCCAGACAGGCGGGGUAUAAAUAAUAAUAAUAAUAAUAAUAAUAAUAAUAAUAAUAAUAAAUAUUUUAGGAGCAGCUGACAGCAAUAGCAUAGGAGUUGUAUUCAACUAAGUCAUACUCAGAAGUAUACCCACUGAAAUGAACAAACCUAGCAUUAUUUGCUUUUAUUUGUUAUUAAAGUUCGUACUGCCCUUAAUUACAGGGCAGCUUACAAUAUAUAAACACAAAAAUACAUCCCAUAGUAACAAACAAAAACAAUAGCGGGCUGCAAUUCUCACCUCACUUACCUGGGAGUAUGUGCCAUUGAAUUCAGUAGUACUUGUGUCUCAAUAGACACAGUUAGGAUACAUAGCUGUCAAAGUUUCCCUUUUUUAAAGGGAAAUUCCCUUAUUCUGAAUAGGAUUCCUUGCAAGAAAAGGGAAAAGUUGACAGCUAUGUUAGGACUGCACUGUUACUCAUACCUAUUCAUUUCAAUGGGUCUGCUAUUUAUAGAAUACAUCCAACUUGUAUACAAUGAACUUUAAUAAGAUCUUCAUCCAGCUGAAAUGCAGCUUUUGGCUUCUGAUUAGAAAUGCAAACCAACUUUGUCCCGCUUGGACUACUGCAAUGCGCUCUACAUGGGGCUACCUUUGAAGGUGACUCGGAAACUGCAAUUAAUCCAGAAUGCGGCAGCUAGACUGGUGGCUGGGAGUGGCCACCGAGACCAUAUAACACCGGUCCUGAAAAAUCUUCAUUGGUUCCCAGUACAUUUCCGAGCACAAUUCAAAGUUUUGGUGCUGACCUUUAAAGCCCAAAACGGCCUCAGUCCUGUAUACCCGAAGGAGCGUCUCCACCCCCAUCAUCCAGCCCGGACACUGAGGUCCAGCACCGAGGGCCUUCUGGCGGUUCCCUUGCUGAGAGGGCCUUCUCGGUAGUGGCGCCUGCCCUGUGGAACGCCCUUCCAGCAGAUGUCAAGGCAAUAAACAACAGCAGAAGCGUUAAAUCACAUGCAGAAGUGCCGAAUUGCAACCUGCUUGUGCACACACGCAGCGCUGUGGGUUGUGAACGCUGCGGGUUGCGAAUGUGCUUCCCGCAUGGAUCACGUUCGCAACCUGAGCCUCCACUGUAAGCUCCGCCCAAUCACAUUCCACCACCACCACCCCAGCCUGAUGCCAAGGUGUUCUGAUGGCCACUAUAUAUAUUGCUGAUGAGCUGUGCUUGGCUUGGUGAGUCACACAGGUUGGGCAGAUCUGGUUAAUGAACUGAAAUAUUACCAGUAUGAACUGAAGGAAAACAGGCAACUGCAGAUCUAAGUGAUCAGCAGAAGGACAAUUUGUAUCACUUGUAGUGCACAUACUAUGCCUCUCUUUAAACUGUUAAUGCACAUUAAACAUUGUUUGCGGUUUGCUUGUUUUUAAAACGUUCCAGUGCAACAAGCGUUUUAACAUUGAUUUGUUCUCUUAGGUCGUAGAACCAUUUCAGUGGCUCGUUAUGAGUACAAUUCACAGGGUGCCACAGCAGAACUUAAAGUUACGAAGAAGCCAGAGCUGCGAAAUGUUCGCUGUGAAAAUGCCCACUGUACUUGGGACAAGGACCGAAACACACUUGCUGGACUUCAAGAAUGUGACGAAUACAAGAUAGUAGCAUCUUUUAAUGGAUGUGGUGAUUUGACAUUAUCAGUUCAUGUCCCCCCUGGUAAGAUCAGAUACUUCUCAUUUAUUUAAGCAAAAUCUGCCUUCUUGUUUUUCAGCCACUCUGAUGAGCUGUUCUCCCCCCCAGUGCUAAGCUAUUGGGAGAAUGUAUGUCAGAGGGCUAGAGAGGGUGCGGGAAGUCAGUUUUAAAUUUUUUGCUGUCAGCUAAUAUACUGGUUUUCUGUUUUUUUAUGGUUUCCAACCACUGUUAAUCGCAUAGUAACUCUGAUGGCUUCUCUAUGCUAUUUAGAAUAAAAGAAUGUGCAACUAAUAAUCGGAAGUGCCGUUGUCAUGCUCCACCAAAAUUGAAGAGAUUUUCUUUCAAGUUAUUGUGUUCAGAUUUGUAUUGGUUUUAUAUUGAAAACAGCAAGCAGUUGUGCCCCUUGAGUCAUGAGCAAUGCCAACUAAGUGAAUGCAUGAAGCUGGCGAGAGGUGAAGGACUGUAGUGAUUCUAGAAUGAUGCUGUAAUGAUUAGAAUUUUUUGCUCUAUAAGUCUCACUUUUUCCCUCCUAAAAAGUAAAGGGAAAUGUGUGCGUGUCUUAUGGAGCGAAUGCAGGCUGCGCAGCUAUCCCAGAAGCCAGAACAGCAAGAGGGAUUGCUGCUUUCACUGCACAGCGAUCCCUCUUGCUGUUCUGGCCUCUGAGAUUCAAAAUAUUUUUUUCCUUGUUUUCCCACUCCAAAAACCAGGUGCGUCUUGUGGUCUGGUGCGUCUUAUAGAAUGAAAAAUACAGUAAGUGCUGGACAAAUAAUCCACAAGCACCACUAAAUCCCAUAGAUCGCAGAGGGAAAUUUUAAACCUUUGAAAUCUAUUAGGAUUUUAAAAUGUUCAACUGUGGCUGAUUUGUGCCCAGUGCUCUUGAUUCAAGUCUAGAUGAUUGAUAAUUCACUAGAUUUCUCACAAUAACAAGCUUUUAAAGCUAAGCAAUGUUUUUAUUUCUCCUUCCAUCAUAUCUCAUAGUCAUCUAACACAUAAAAGUACACUAAUUCAAAAUGAAUAGAUGAACACUGAAAACUGUUUUAGGUACUCAUUUGGGGGUAAAAUGAUACAACCCAUUAAGCAAUAUAUUAUCCAGCAUGCUUUUAAAACUAAAAAAGAAAUACUGAACAGAAUGUCAUUGUGAUAUUUUUCUCCUUUUUCUUUAUUUGGAAGAAACCGAUAAAUGGAAACUGGAAGAACCACAAAAAAGUAACACCAGUGUGACUUUAUCUUGGAACAAUCGUGGAUAUGAUAAGCAUCGUUGCCAUUUAAGAUAUUUGUGUUACUGUGUUCCUUAUGGUAGGAGAUUUUAGAAGUUUUGAAUUUCUGUCUUUAUUGGCUGGAGAAUUAAAUGCACUGUAUUGGGGACCUUUGCUUUUGUGUCCUGUGUAUGAACGUAUUUAGAAUUAAGUAUAGAGAGGUGGAAAGGCAAACAAGUCUGGUAAAGGUAUGAGUCUCUCUCUCUCUCUCUCUCUCUCUCUCUCUCUCCUUAAUGAAAUAGCAAGAAGAAAUACCUCUUGCAAUAGGUAAUAUGAAAUCCAGAAGGAUCUUACUCUACAUGAGUGGCUGCAAGUCCCUAAAAAAACCACAAGUUGUUGAUAACUACUCCAGAUUUAAUUACUGUAGAUAACAAGGGUGCAAUAUUUUGUGUGAAGCAUUAGAUAUGGAUGAUGCUAAAGAAGUGUAGGCUAGGGGAGACCUAAAACAUAUAGCUACAGUCAAAGAGGUGAGGUCAGGGGAAGGAAGAGGGAUCUUGUCAAAGUGGCUCACCAUAGCUCCAGUUCUUAUCAGCAAGACAGUGGGGUAGCAUGUUCUUGAUUCUUUGUCAAUCAAACUAACCUACAUGACCCUCCAUGUCUUCUUGGACUCAGCUCCCUCAAGUAGCAUGGCCAAUGGUAAGGAAAUUCCCCAUCCAUGGCAUAGAUGCUUCUGGAUGCCUGAAGUACGGAGCAAUGAUGUUUUGCAAUUUCUUAUAGGUAAGAAUUUUCCACCCACUGAGGAGCAGAAUGGUUGUACGGUGACAGGUUUAUCACCCAACAAGAACUACAAUUGUUCAUCAGAAAUAUGGUAUAAUGACAAAAAUGUGAAAACUGGCAACAAACAGCUAACAACAGAUUAUGGAAGUGAGUAUGACAACAUGAUGCUUAGCCACUUAUGAACUUGCCUUCAUCCCAGAAACUAAACUUUUACAACAAUGAAAGGUAUCUUUGUGCCCAUAUAAAUAAAAGCAUACAAAUAGGAUUUAAUGUAUUACCGUGACAGAUUAUAAUCUGGGCAGGAGUGCCUGAUCCAAGUUUGGAGGCCCUUGGGUAAGAUGUCCAUUGUGGGCCCCUUCUCCAGCUGGGUCCACCUUCUUCUCCCCACUGUUUAUUUUCAGGCCUUCCUGAUCUGAAACAAAACUGCAUGGUAAACGAAAGGGAGCCACAAGCAGAGUCUCCUGCUCUUUCUCCUUACUCCUGUCACUACACAUUCACUCAGAGGACAUUUUCACUGGCAUUCAAUCAUAAGUCCAUCCAUUUUGCGUAGAUUUUUUUGAAAGAAUGCCUAAAAGGUUACCAUUUAAAUAAUCUACAUUAUGGUACAUAUUUCCCCGGAGUGCAUAUUUUUUCAAGGCUUUACAACAUGGUUUCCUAUGAAACAUGCCUUUUAUACAUAACCUCAACAAUACUUCAUUUCAUGUGCCCUUCUUGGGUGAUGUGCACUGUCAGAUUGGAAGUUGCAUUCUGAUCCGAAAGCAAGUUUAGGACCAUUGAAUUGGGUCACACAGCUGCAAAGAGCAGGCUGAACCAAUUUCCCCUCUAUCCCUAGCAGGCAGAUACAACAAGAAAGAGGAGUAGCAAAUCCCAGACUUCUGGAAUAUAUAAUAAUAAUAAUAAUAAUAAUAAUAAUAAUAAUAAUAAUAAUAAAUUAUUUAUACCCCGCCCAUCUGGCUGAGUUUCCCCAGCCACUCUGGGCUGCUCCCAAUCAAGUGUUAAAACAGUACAGCAUUAAAUAUUAAAAACUUCCCUAAACAGGGCUGCCUUCAGAUGUCUUUUAAAGAUAGGAUAGCUGCUUAUUUCCUUCACAUUUGAAGGGAGGGUGUUCCACAGGGCGGGCGCCACUACCGAGAAGGUCCUCUGUCUGGUUCCCUGUAGCCUCACUUCUCGCAAUGAGGGAACCACCAGAAGGCCCUCGGCGCUGGAUCUCAGUGUCUAGGCUGAACGAUGGGGGUGGAGACGCUCCUUCAGGUAUACAGGACUGAGGAAGCUGGUAGUUGUUGCUCUGCUGAGCAUGGGCCUCAGUAGGUACCCAAUGAUAGUGAUCUUUGAAGCUGACCCUGAUGGGCACUGGAUAUUAUUUGAGGAAGCAACCAGAAUGACACCAUACUGCAUUUUUAUUCCUAAGAAAAUUAUUGUGCAGAUUUUAAAAAAGAAUUGUAGCUUGAUGUGAAUACAGGAUGUAACAGGCUGAUGAAUCAAAAUAUAUGAAGCUGAUAUUGUUCUAGAAAUAGAACCUAGAUAGGGGGAAGUUCAGAGCAUGCAGCUCCCAAGAGGGUCCUGUCUCUGCCAUAGCUGCCAUGUUGGAGUCAAGCUCAGAUAGUCUCUGACUCUGCUUCCUCCAUCUUGCCACUCCUAGACUCCAAAGAUUUUUCUCUCACCCUCUUCAGGUAAACUGUAGGCCUGUUACUAACUAAGACCAGGGUCCGGGGAGAGGCUUUGCCCCUCCGCUGCUUGGCAUAGUCUUUUGUUUCAUUAAUCACUUAUCUCCCUGCCCUUCUGUUCCCUGGAUGGCUUAUAUUUUGAGUGAUCUCUUGGGGAAGCUGGGCGGUGUUAUUUUCAACACUUGCUGCACCUGGGAAAAGAGGGGUUUUCUUAAAUCCUAGUAGCGUAGCUAGGCAGGGGUGGUGGUGGGCUGUCCUGUAGGGUGGCAAAGGGGUUUGUAGGUUGGCACGAUCACUGCUAGGGAUCAGGGGUGGGAUUCUGAGUGGCAGAGGAGCUGGAGGGCAGCAUGGCGGUUGCUGGGUGUCCUAGGCACUGCGGGGGGAGUGGCGGCUCCCCUAAGAAAAGCUCAACAGCUUUGGUCCGCCACUGUUAAACUCUAAUCCUUUACUGAUUCCAGAGAUUUCUUUUUAAUUUUUUUUUAAUUUUUAUUGUUACCGUUCACAUUAACACACCAUACAGAAAAAGAAAAUAAAUUCCAUAAACACUAAAGAAAAAUGAGAAUUAAUACAUCAACUAAUAACCUUCAAAACAUUAAAUACAUAAAAUAAAAGUGGUCUUUUUUCUAUGCGCCAGACUUCCCGUCCAUUCCUUAUUACAGAUUCUGUAUUCAUUGUUCGCUGCCAUUGCAUAACGAGUUUGUGCAAUUUCAAUAUCCCUUAAUCCAUUCAUUGGUUUUACCACAUUUUUAACACUGCUACUGAAAUUAUUUGAACUCUGUGUAUGAUCUUAAACUACUACUUUUAUUUUUCAAGUAUAUUUUAAAAACUUCCCAUUCUGAGAGAAAUACCUGUUUUGGUUUAUUUUUCAUCUUUUCUGACAUGCUAUCUAAUUCCGCGUAUUCAGUCAUUUUUUGAAUCCAUUCUAAUCUUGAUGGGUCUUUAUCACUUUUCUAAUUUGCCACAAUGAGAACUCUUGCUGUGACCAUAGCACAUAAGACAAUCUCUUUAGCCUUUUUAGGAAUAUCUGAGUCUGUGAUUCCCAAAAGGAAAGCUUCUGGUUUCCUAUUAAAAGAUAUUUUUAACAUUUUUUCCAAUUCUAUGUGGAUAUCCUCCCAAAACACCUUUAUUGCUAUACACUGCCACCACAUAUGGAAUAAAGUACCUGGCUUUUCUUUACACCUCCAGCAAUUAUUGGGGACAUUUUUGAACAUCUUGGACAAUUUCCAGGAGGUUAAAUACCACCAAUGUUGCAUUUUAAGAAAAUUCUCUCUCAGAGAGUAACAGGCUGUAAAAUGCCAAUUUAUUUUCCACAGGUUUUCCCACUGCUCCAUUGUUAUUGAGUACCCAAAAUCUUGUGACCACUUAAUCAUAGCUGCUGUCACCUCCUUUAGAAUGUGCUUUAAUUCUGGAGUUCACCAAAUCCGAUUCAAAUCUGGAAGUCUCAGUGGAGAAACCCUUUUGUCUAUCAAUUUUGAAUGUCUCAAAUAAUUGGUGAUAUUGAAACCAAUCACCAAUGCACUCUCUUAUUUCCCCGAAGCUUUUUAAUUUCAGUUGGUUAUUCUCCUCCUUUAGAAGUACUUUAUAUGUUGGCCACAGUCCCUGGGUAUUUUUUCUCUUAACCGCCUUCGCCUCUAUUGGCGAGAUCCACCAGGGAACCUUGGGUUCGAGCAGGUUUUUAAACUUCUCCCAAAACGUCAUUAGGGAUUUCCUAAUAAUAUGGUUUGAAAAGUUCCUGUGAACUUUUGCUUUCCCAUACGCUAAGUACGUGUGCCAUCCUCGUCGAUUAUCAUAUCCCUCCAAGUCUAAGAGGUGUUGGUCCAGAGAUUUCAAAGGAGGGUUGCCCACCCCCUCAAACCUAUAACACAGCAAACAGGGAUGAAAGAUUGUGCAAAGCAAUCUUUUUCAGAAGAAAAUAAAACUAAAAACCUACAGUGUUUCAGAGCCCACACUGAUUUUUUUUAAUCUGUUAAUGAGAUCUAAAAGCUUUAGCAUGCAGACUAUGAAUAUCAACCAUUUCUCUUUUAAACAGAGCCAACACCAGUGAGAGAACUGCAAGUUGACCCAUUAAACCAAGAAAUCAGUGCUGUUAAGAUCAAGUGCAGGGAGCCAGAACAAAUAAAUGGUCCUGAAGAAAAAUAUUAUUUGUACUUCUUAGACAUGGAGACCAUGAUUGAAGCUAACGAAAGCUGUUACUUUGCAGUUAUAAACCUCUGUCAUUCGACAACAUACCAGUUUAAGGUAAAUUGCUUAAUUCUAACUUUUACGGUCAGCAACGACCUGGGACGUGGGUGGCACUGUGGGUUAAACCACAGAGCCUAGGACUUGCCGAUUGGAAGGUCGGCGGUUCGAAUCCCCGCGACGGGGUGAGCUCCCGUUGCUCGGUCCCUGCUCCUGCCGACCUAGCAGUUCGAAAGCACGUCAAAGUGCAAGUAGAUAAAUACCGUAUUUUUUGCUCUAUAACACACACCAGACCGUAACACGCACGUAGUUUUUAGAGGAGGAAAACAAGAAAAAAAAUAUUCUAAACGAAAGAGUGGAUAUAUGAUUUUUGUGGUUCAUGCUGUGGCCACAGACAUGUGAUCUGACAGUGAGUUUGGAGUAGCCCGAUGCAAAAAUCCUGAGGAUCCAUGUGGAUCCAUGCUUUGUAACCACAGAGGAGGGAAGGAAGGGGAACCAUGGAUCCUCUGCUCACAACUGCAGCAGAUCCCCCCCGCCACCCGCAGGCAUUCGCUCCAUGACACGCACAGACAUUUCCCCUUACUUUCUAGGAGGAAAAAAGUGAGUGUUAUGGUGCAAAAAAUACGGUAGGUACCACUCCGGUGGGAAGGUAAACGGUGUUUCCGUGUGCUGCUCUGGUUCGCCAGAAGCGGCUUAGUCAUGCUGGCCACAUGACCUGGAAGCUGUACGCCGGCUCCCUCGGCCAAUAAAGUGAGAUGAGCGCCGCAACCCCAGAGUCAGUCACAACUGGACCUGAUGGUCAGGGGUCCCUUUACCUUUACCUUACAGGCAACGACCAUUUUAGGUGUGUCCAAGUGACGUGUGAUCACCGAUAUGCAGGUCCUUUUGGACCUGGAAGAAGUCAGAGAGUGGACUGGAGUGGAGCAGGCUUUGUUCUGGUCCACCCCUGGACCAUUAGCUGUAUCUGAAUGAGUAUUUCUUAAACAGAAUGAUGUGCUCUUCUAUUAAUUUCCAGGCAGAUUUUUCGGGCAACUUUUCUCUAGAGCAGCCUCUCUCAUAAAGAGAUUGGCUGAAUGCACACAGAUUUCCAUCUUCUUUCUGAUCUCCCCUGCGGGAUGAAUCGUGGAGGAUAAGAUUCAUCUAGGGAUUUACUGAAUGGCCAAUUGCAUCUCCUUGAGAUUACCCCCUUUGCCUCUAAAGUCAGUAGGGCAAAAAUUUGAGGCACAAUGCGUACCAGUUGUUCUGGAGCUGCCAUAUUCUUCCUGGCCUUAGAAAAAGACAUGGUACUUCAGUAGAACCCAUUAGGGCAUAGCUGUCAACUUUUCCCUUUUCUUCCGGGGUGGCGCCAUCGGUAAUGGCGGAUUCCCUCUGACUUGGAGGGAAUCGGCUCUGCGGAAAUCGGGUCUGCACCGCUACGGCGAACCGGGGACCCUUCAAAAAUCACAGGCGGGUGAAGCCUGUGACCGUGGGACUCGGCGGGCACCUUUUGCACCCCCCCAAUUGGCAAAGGAGCCUGACUACGGGCUCCGGAGUGGAGCGGGGAAGUGGCGCGGUGCUGUGAGUCAAUUGCUUCUUCCGUGGAGCGAAGCCGCGUAGCCGUUACCGGAGAGCGCUGCCUUUUUCCUGGGACAAUUUGGCUGCAAAACAACGAUCCGUGAGUAGGCUAAUUUCGGAAUUAAAGGAACUUUACAAAUUUUACAAAUAAUUUGGCACCGAAGCGGAGAGGCAUAAACAGGAAGUCUGCCUUCCGUUCUUGUAAAUGGAGUAAAGCAAUGAACUUGUAAGCGGAAACCUUAAAAGACGUCAGAAAAGGACUAUAAUUCGAACAUCAAACAAGCGAUUUCCCCCCCUUGAUUGCAGGGGAGGAGGGGGGAAAGGUCUGGACUGAAUUUCCCUGCAAAAAGAGAGGAAAAGAAGCUAAAAUCCACCGCUCAAAACCCUGGAACGGGUUGCCAGUGAACAGUAAGAAAGCCGUAUUGCGAAAUGCGCUGUUGCUGAAAGUACUUUUUGACAGUUAACUCUGCAUCUGAGAUACAAGUAAGAUACAAUAUUUCUGACUGGCUUCUCCUGGUUUUAAAGUAACAGGAAAUAACUGAGAUUGAAACUGUUGUCCUUUUUGUGAAUUGGGGGGCUAAAGGAAAAAAGUUAAUUACUUUAAAAUACUUUUGACUGCUACUGUGUCCCCAUAGAGGAAGUGCGAAAAUGCUACAAUAGCAGCGGGGCCAGGGGAAUUUUCCAAUUCAAAACAAAUCCUGAUCGUGAGACUGACCGUGGGCUUUAUCUUGAGGGUUAUGGCAGAUGGGAAGGAGAAGAUAGAUUUGUUACAGGAAAGAGCAACAAGGUCUGGCAGACUAUUUCACACAGACGGUGGGCUGCAACGAAGAGCAUCAACAUCUGGCCCUUCUGGUUUACCAACAGUAACCUCAUCGGCACAACCGAAACCUAAAGGAAUGGCAGCUGAAGAUGCUUUGGCUCAGGCACUAGGUAAAAUCAACGAAUCUUUGGAAAGAAUAAGCAAACAAGUAGCCGAGGCAUUGGGUAAAAUUGACCAAAACACCACAAGUAUUAAUAAUUUGGGACAGAAGGUAAAUACCAAUACAGAAACUAUUCAGAAAUUACUACAGGAAUCUACCUUGACACGAAAGACAGCCGAAGAGGCAAAGGAAAUAGCAACUGCUACAGCCACUGUUGUAGAAGAGAAGAUACCACCGAUACACAAACAACUUGAAGACCACAGGUCAAUAUUGUCUAUGAUUGAGUUGAAGGAGAAACAAACGAAUUUAAGGAUCAGGGCUGUACCCGAAUUUGAGAAAGACAACUUGAUUGACUUUCUUACGCAGGAAUUUGCAGACUUUUGGAACCCAGAUUUGGAGAAGGAUAGUUUCAAGAUAGUGAGUGCCUUCAGGCUUGGAAGAGGAGGGAGGAAGAACAGGGUGAGAGACUGUUUGAUCACCCUCCGAACAAAAGAGGAGAGAGACAAAAUCUUGAGUCUGCAUUUCCAGAAGACUUUGGAAAUACAUCAGUCAAAAGUGGAGAUAUUUAAGGACAUUCCGAAACAUCUUUUGGACCUUAGGUCCAAUUAUAGAGAUUUGGUUGCCCUGUUGAGAAGUAACGGAAUCAUCUUUAGGUGGGAAUUCCCCAAGGCCUAUCCUUUAGUUACAAAGGGAAGAAGAUAAAAAUAAGAUCAGAGGACGACAAAGAUAGAUUUUGGAGAGACCAUGGAGAAGACCUGCAGAAGGAAGCUGCAGAAGAGUUAAGAGCACUAGUAAGUGAAACUUUAGACAUACCAGGUUUACCUCCUGAACUAAAAGACCGCCUGAAGAAGGGGAUACCACCGACAGAUCAGGAACAGGCACUGGGUGCAGUUGGAGGAGAAGCAAAGUAACUACAUCAUGGCUCUGCAACUAUUAAGCUGGAAUUGUAAUGGUUUGAACUCCCCUCAGAAAAGGAGAUCUGUGUUUCAUUUAUUAAAAAAGGAACAAUUGGACUUGAUUUGUUUACAAGAAACACAUGUAACAAGGUUACACAGGAAACUACUGAUUAAUAAAAGACUGGGUCAGGAGUUUAUUUCAUCGGACAAGGUUUAAAAAAGAGGGGUAGUGAUUUACGCAAAGGAGAGACUAUUACCGAAAUUUAUCUUCAAAGAUGACCAAGGAAGAUUUGUGGCAAUUGAAAUUCAAACACAAGGAGAGAAAUUUUUGAUAGUAGGAGUUUAUGCACCAAAUGAGGGGAAAUCUGACUUUUUUUAAAAGUUGCAUGAGACCUUGAUGGACUAUUUGGAUUAUAAUGUGAUUUUGAUGGGAGACAUGAAUGGAGUGGUAUCUACACACAUGGACAAGGCACAAAGACAGGUAGUCACUAAGGAUGGUAGACUACCGAAAACCUUCUUUGAGAUGACAGACAACUUGGACUUAGUUGAUAUCUGGAGAACAAAGAAUCCCUUAGCCAGAGAGGGAACCUUCUUCUCUGAAGCCAAACUGACAUGGACAAGAACUGACCAAAUAUGGGUAACUAGAGGAAUGGCACCAAAGAUAAGAAAAGUGGAAAUCUGCCCAAAAACCUGCUCCGACCAUAAUGCUGUAAAGAUGGAGAUGAAACUAAUACCAACUGGUUCUUUCAGAUGGAGGAUGAAUGACACCUUAUUUAGAGAUGAAGAAGUGUUUAAGAAGGCCCAAAAAACCUUGAGAGAUUAUUUCGAGAUAAACAUGAACACUAAUGUGGAUAAAAGAGUAAUCUGGGACGCAAGUAAAGCUGUUAUGAGAGGGUUCUUGAUACAACAGAAUGCAUUGAAGAAGAGAAUCCAAAAUGAGAAGAAGGAUAAAAUUUUGGAGAAAAUAAAGGAAAGUGAAAAGAAACUGAGAGCAAAACCAAAGUCGCAAGAGAUUUUGAGAGAAAUAAAGUUACAUCAAGUACAAUACAUGAAAAUGAUGAAUCAGGAGAUAGAAUGGAAAAUUAAACAAAUGAGACAAAAGACAUUCGAGUCGGCUAAUAAAUGUGGGAAAUUGCUGGCUUGGCAAAUAAAAAAAAGACAAAAAUUAAAUACAGUUACUAAUUUAGAAGUGGAAGGAAGGAAUAUACAGAACCCAGCUGAGAUUAGAAAUUGUUUCCAGAGGUACUUCAAACAACUAUAUACACAAGGGCCACAGAAAGAAAUUGACUUAGACCGAUUUUUGAAAACAAAUGGAUUACAAAAAAUCUCCCAAGAAAAUAAACUAAUGUUGAACUAUAAAAUAACUGAACAGGAGAUAGAAGGUGCCAUUCAGAAUAAGCAACUAGGUAAAUCUCCAGGACCGGAUGGACUGACUUCUAGAUACUACAGAUCUUUAAAAGAAUGGUUAGUACAACCUUUAAAAGAAGUCUGUGAUGAAAUAAUGGAUGGGAAAAGGGCACCAGAGUCGUGGAAAGAAGCGUAUAUUACACUUGUACCGAAAACAGAGACUGAAAAGACGCAGCUUAAGAACUACCGCCCCAUAUCAUUGCUCAAUGUGGAUUACAAAAUUUUUGCAGAUAUCUUGGCUAAAAGACUAAAAAGAGUGUUAGUGGAAGAGAUACAUAAAGACCAAGCAGGCUUUCUCCGGGUAGACAUCUAUCGGAUAAUGUGAGAAACAUAAUCAACAUUUUAGAAAAAUUACAAGUGAAUAUAAAUACUAAGGCAGUUUUAAUAUUUGUGGACGCGGAGAAAGCUUUUGACAACAUUUCUUGGAGUUUUAUGAAGAAGAACUUGCCAGGGUAUGGGGGUAGGCCAAGGCUUUGAAAACGGUAUAGGUGCAAUAUAUUCUGAACAAAAGGCUAAAUUAAUUGUAAAUAAUGUGGUGACGGAAGAAUUUAAGAUAGAAAAAGGGACACGACAAGGUUGCCCAAUCUCCCCAUUACUUUUUAUAUCGGUCCUGGAGGUUUUGCUGAAUAUGAUUAGAAGGGACCAGUUGGUUAAAGGUAUACAAGUCGGAGCCAAACAGUACAAAUUGAGAGCAUUUGCAGAUGACUUGGUAUUGACGUUACAGGAGCCAGAAUCUAGUACCAAAAGGGUUUUAGAACUGAUUCAAGAAUUUGGUCAGGUUGCAGGGUUUAAACUGAACAAGCUAAAAACCAAGGUUUUAGAGAAAAACUUAACACCAAUUGAGAGAGAGAGGUUUCAGAAUGAGACAGGUUUAACAGUGGUCAAGAAAGUCAAAUACCUGGGGAUUAACAUGACAGUAAAAAAUGGGAAUUUAUUUAAAGACAACUAUGAAAAAUGCUGGGCUGAAGUGAAAAAGGUUUAGAAAUUUGGUCAAAUUUGAAGCUUUCACUGCUGGGCCGUAUUGCUGCGAUAAAAAUGAAUGUAUUGCCUAGAAUGCUGUUUUUGUUUCAAACAUUGCAAAUUGUGGACAAAAUGGACUGUUUCAAGAAGUGGCAGAGAGAUAUUUCUAGAUUUGUCUGACAGGGCAAGAAGCCUAGAAUAAAAUUUAAAAUACUAACAGAUGCAAAGGAAAGAGGUGGAUUCGCCCUGCCAGACUUUAAACUUUACUAUGAAUCAGCAGCUUUUUGCUGGUUGAAAGAAUGGCUGCUUCUUGAAAACACAGACAUUUUGGAUUUAGAAGGUUUUAACAACGUAUUUGGAUGGCAUGCAUAUCUGUGGUAUGAUAAGGUCAAAGCACAUAAAGCAUUUAAAAACCAUAUUGUCAGGAAAGCAUUGUUUAAUGUUUGGAUAAGAUAUAAGGACUUAUUGGAAAACAAAACCCCAACGUGGCUGUCACCGAUGGAAGCGAAAGCUCAGAAGAAGCUCAAUAUGGAGGUCAAAUGGCCGAAAUAUUGGGAAAUUUUGGAACAAGAUGGAGAUAGACUGAAACUGCAGAGUUUUGAGAAAUUAAAACAAAGUGCGAGACUGGCUUCAUUAUUAUCAGAUAAUGGAGGCAUAUAAUUUGGACAAGAAAAUUGGCUUCCAGGUGGAAAAAUCAAAAUUAGAAACAGAACUGUUAGAACCCAAAACUAAGAUUUUGUCAAAGAUGUAUAACUUGCUGUUGAAAUGGAAUACUCAGGAUGAAACGGUGAAAUCUGCUAUGAUUAAAUGGGCACAAGAUGUUGGACAUAACAUAAUGAUGGCUGACUGGGAACAGUUAUGGACCACAGGUAUGAAGUUUACAGCAUGCAAUGCCUUAAGAGAGAAUAUUAUGAAAAUGAUAUACAGGUGGUACAUGACCCCAGUGAAGCUUGCAAAAAUCUAUCAUUUGCCCGAUAAUAAAUGUUGGAAAUGUAAAGAAACUGAAGGUACAUUCUUUCACCUUUGGUGGACGUGCCCAAGGAUUAAGGCUUUCUGGGAGAUGAUUUAUAAUGAAUUGAAAAAGGUAUUUAAAUAUACCUUCUUGAAGAAACCAGAGGCCUUUCUCCUGGGCAUAGUCGGCCAAUCGGUGUUAAAGAAGGAUAGAACUUUCUUUAUGUAUGCCACAACAGCAGCAAGAAUACUUAUUGCAAAGUAUUGGAAGACACAAGACCUACCCACUCUGGAAGAAUGGCAGAUGAAGGUGAUGGACUACAUGGAAUUGGCGGAAAUGACUGGCAGAAUCCGAGACCAGGGAGAAGAGUCGGUGGAAGAAGAUUGGAAGAAAUUUAAAGACUAUUUACAGAAAUACUGCAAAAUUAAUGAAUGUUAGAAUGAUGUUGGAUUGAAGUUAAGUGGUUUUUAGCUGUAAUGGUAUAAAAGAAUAUGAAAAAUGGAUUUUUAACAGGUAAAAAUUUAAUGCUAUAAUAUAUUAAGAUUAAAGAUCAGGAUAAAACAAAGAGGGAAAGGAUUUGCUGAACUAACAAAUUGAACUGGAAUACAAAAAAGGGAGGUAUGAGGAGGUCCGGGAAACAAGCAAAUGAAAGAUAAGUGAUGGAAAGAUUGAAUUGUUUUUAACUAUUUUUAUUUUGUAUUUUUUCUUUUUUUCUUCUUUUUUCAUUUUGUAAUAUUGCGAAAACCUUAAUAAAUAUAUUUUUAAAAAAAACACCAAAAACAACUUUUCCCUUUUCUUGCGAGGAUUCCUAUUUGGAAUAAGGGAAUUUCCCUUAAAAAAAGGAAAACGUUGACAGCUAUGCAUUAGGGUGGUUCUAGUUUCACCAAACUCACCCACCUGAAUGCCUGUUUUCUUAGAUCCCUUAGCCUUCUCCAACUACACAUCCCGUUAUAAGAAAUAAACAACUAAACAAAAUGACUUUAUUUCCCCUUCAACAUUUUCCAUUAUUACCCAACCCACAAGUAGAAGCAGUAGAGGCUGGUCUAUGAGCACAAGUGGAGCACUGCCCCAUCAACCUCAGUCUGCCCCCAGUCAGCUCUUGAGUCUCAGUUUUGUCUCUUGUAGAACUCAGCAGAAAUGAACAUGGAGACAAAAUGAGAAUUAGUUUGCUCUGCCUGCCAUUCAAAGUGGCUCCACCUACUGUUGGACCUCCUUACCGUCCUGUUGUUGUUGUUUAGUCGUUUAGACGUGUCCGACUCUUCGUGACCCCAUGGACCAAAGCACGCCAGGCACUUCUGUCUUCCACUGCCUCCUGCAGUUUGGCAAAACUCAUGCUGGUAGCUUUGAGAACACUAUCCGACCAUCUUGUCCUCUGUCGUCCCCUUCUCCUUGUGCCCUCCAUCUUUCCCAACAUCAGGGUCUUUUCCAGGGAGUCUUUUCUUCUCAUGAGGUGGCCAAAGUAUUUACCGCCCUACAUUUGUUUAAAAGUACAGUGGUACCUCGGGUUACAAAUGCUUCGGGUUACAAACGCUUCAGGCUACAAACUCCACUAACCCGGAAGUAGUACCUUGAGUUGAGAACUUUGCCCCAGGAUGAGAAUGGAAAUCGCGUGCCGGUGACGCGGCAGCAGUGGGAGGCCCCAUUAGCAAAAGUGCGCCUCAGGUUAAGAACGGUUUCGGGUUAAGAACGGACCUCCGGGACAAAUUAAGUUCGUAACCCAAGCUACCACUGUAGCUCUCUUUAUGAUAUCACGCCUUUGGUUUAGGUGGAAAACUGUUUGGAAGGUCUGCAACAUUGUUUGUGGUGAUACAUUUUGGACUAAUAAAAUAACAGCAUUCCCUGUUCUUUCUGUUUAUCAGGUUAUUUUCUACAAUGGGAAAUAUUCCUCAGACCCUGUGAUCUCUGACCCAGUAAGAAGAAGACGUAAGCUAAAGUUUCAACUGCUUCUUUUAAUUUGCUGAUUAACCUAAUUUACAUGUUAAAACACAGAGUAAGAAAUGACAUGACAUGCAGAAAGCAAAGUGAAGAGAUGUGCCAGAACUAACUUCUGCUAACAUUUUCUAAAAUCUUUUCAACAUAGCUUGUCUCUCCCUCUCUUCUUUUUAGAUGUUGUAAAUAAUUAUGGAAACCUAGUGACGUGUUUGGCAUUCCUCAUUACUGGGAAGUCCUUGGCUUUGCUCCUUCUUCUGCAUAAAAUCCACAACCUUAUCAUAAAAAAUUCAAGGUUAGGUUAUUUCCCUUCCUUUCGUCUCUUAAGUAUAUGCAAUUAGAUGAGAAGACCACAACAUUUUUUUUUCUUAAAAGGUAAAGGGACCCCUGACCAUUAGGUCCAGUCGUGGCCGACUCUGGGGUUGCGGCGCUCAUCUCGCUUUACUGGCCGAGGGAGCUAGCAUACAGCCAGCAUGUGGCCAGCAUGACUAAGCCGCUUCUGGCGAACCAUAGCAGUGCACAGAAAUGCCGUUUACCUUCCUGCCGGAGUGGUACCUAUUUAUCUACUUGCACUUUGACAUGCUUUCAAACUGCUAGGUUGGCAGGAGCAGGGACCGAGCAACGGGAGCUCACCCCGUCGCGGGGAUUCGAACCGCCGACCUUCUGAUCGGCAAGUCCUAGGCUCUGUGGUUUAACCCACAGCGCCACUCAUGCCCCUAAUUUUUAUUCUUAGGCGUAGGCUAAGAUACAAUUCAUUUGCUAUCAUGUGUGAUGGUGUGGGAUUUCUUUCUUUCUUUCCCUGUUACAUUUAUAUCCCAACUUUGCUCCAAGGAGUUCUCGGCAGUUUUCCUCUCACCUGUCAGGGAGCAUGCUGAGGAGGGCUGCACUGAGGAGGAAUGGUGGAAGCCUCCCCCUCCCCUCCCCCUCCCCCUGAUCCUGCUCCAGAUCCUGAAUGUUCCCAGGGGCAGGAGGACAGUAUAGAUUUGGAGAAGUGGUUUGCAGAGGGACAUAGUUCAGAAGGCAGAAGCUGGGAAAUACUGGAUUGGGAACAGCUAGGAGAAGAAGCACUGUUAACAGACUCACAGUUUCUGGAAAGCAUUCACCCUCCCUUCUCCAAAGUCACGGAGAGCUCAGAAAGUGGCAGAACAGAAAGCACAGAGGGUACAAGCUCAGAUUACAAGACGUAAAAGUGACGUAGAUUAAUAGAGGGCAGGAGGUGGAUAACUUAAUUGGGAGCUCUGCCAUUCUAGGAGAUGUUCUUUGUUCUCUCGCUGUGAUUAAAGUUUCUAACUGGUAAGAAGACUCCUUUUCCUUUGUUCUGCUUAUCUACUGCUGGGGGGAAGGGAGCCGAUUCCCUGAAAUCACCCUUCUAAAAUCUUGCAACAGCCCUAUGAGGUGACUUAGACUGAGAGAGAGCAUUUCACGACUGAGUAGGAAUUUGAGCGCUGUUCUCCGAGGGUCCCAAUCCAACCCAUCUAACCCCUGCUCCACAGUGGCUUCCUUUGACCAUGGUCUGUUGGUUGCAUACUUCUUCAGUGAUAACUAUAGGGAACCAAGUGUAAAGUAAGAUAAAGAGAAGUGAAAAUUCCUCCUGGGAGUGGUUGGAGAGGAAGGACAUCAAGACAUUCAUGGUCUUCCAUCAGCACCAUCACUGCAGCUUACCAAAAAGGAGAGGGGUGGGGAGGUCAAGGCUGCGCAAAUGCACUGGUGAAACCAGUUGGGCACCACCAGUGCAUCUGCACUGUGGCAACUGUUAGAUUUAUGUUAUGCCACUGUGCAGUUUUUGGAGUCACAAGACUCUGUUUACAUUCCAGACUGUAGGAAGUCUCACAGGAGACGGGAAACGGAUGUUGAAGUUACUGGUUUCCUGUUUCUUUGUUCUUGUUGUUCUCUGUCUCUCACAGAGAGCAGACACAUAUUCUUUUCUGUCCUGCGUAGUUAGAAAUAAACGUAGCAAUGUAGCGCAUAUUUCUGGCUCUUCUGCUGCUGUCCGGGUACUCUGCGUAAUGGGAGCGUGCCUGAAGUCUCAUUAAAGGCUUAGGUAGUUAAUCACCAUUGGAGCAGCGGUUGAUGGAUUCUGAAGAUACGAUGAGGAGGAGAGCCAUUACAGCUCAGUCGUACGGAAGCUCCUCUCUGCCACCUCACCCCUCUCGCUCUCUGUAAACUGCAGUGGCGCCGCUACUCAGAGGCCAGGUGAACCCUUUGCCUCUUCCUGAUUCCUUCUGAAGCUAAAGUUGGCUGAUAGUAGGGUUGCCAUAUUUAAAAGAAAAAUUAGCAAAUAUGUCUGGGUUUUUGUGGACAUUUAAGCGAUUUAAGGAUAUUUAAGGACACUGUUUCCAACAAAGGACCAAACCAGAGAUGAGCCUGUCGAUCUCACUCGUCAACCUGGCUGGAGAUACCUAGAAUUUGGUUCCAGGAAGCUUCAGUAACAUGGAGCAUUGCUCUCAUCCUUCAUAACUGUUUAUGUUUCUUACAGGGAUCAAGAUGUACCUAUGCAGCCUCUUAACAGAGGUUGGUAUUCUCCUACUUCUGGCAAGGGCAAGUAUUUAAUUGAUAUUUCUGCCUAGCUCAUGACAAUGCCUUGGUAGCAGUACUGAACCCUGAAGCAUGCUAAGGUAAAAACGUUCCUCACAGACCCAUGCAGGCAUUGGAGAAUCAGGGAAUUGGCCUGAUGAACCUCCCAUUGCUACUUCUGUGCUGCCAAGUGGCUAAUAUGCCACUGACUUCACUCUUAAGCUUCAAGAAGAGCUGCUGAGACUCCACCCUCUUCACUAAGCUUUUAGUGCAACUUAAGGUUCUGUCUUCCUGAUUCUACGUUUGAUCACUUUUAUUGUGGUACUGAUUUUAGUAAUCUGAAUUGCUUUAAUGUAAUUUGAAAGAUUUUGAUUGGGCAGUAUGCUCUUUUAUGGACUUCUUUGUCAGCGUUUCACAUUGAACUGUAAAACGUUAUUAAAUAUAAUGUUAUAUAAGGCUCACUGCUGUUUCCCAUUGCCGAUGGCUCACUGCUCUGCAGCACCCCCUUGUGUCACAUUUUAAUAACGCCUCUUUAACGUUAUAAACAACGAGUGUAGGUCCACCCAUUGUUACAGAUGCCAUUUAAUACUUGUUUUGUAUUUGUAUGAAAUUGAUUUUUCAAACCCUGCCUAUUGACAUUAGCAAGCGCCUUCACUGGACUCUUUAGUGCCUGCUGAAAACAUUUUUCUUUAGACAAGCCUACCCACAUUUGCAGAUUGCUUUAAUCUGUCUUUAGUUUAUCAUUGAUUUUAAUUAUCUUUUGAAUGUUUUAAUUAUUUGUGUUUAAUUUAUUUUAUUCUUUUUGGAAACUGCCUUGAGAAUUUAUUUUUUAUUUCUACAACCAAGCGGCAUAUACAUUUUAUGAAAUAAACAUAAAUAAAUAAGACUGCUCCAUACUAAGUAUUUUGACUUAUUUCUAGAUUAUGAAAACUGUGGGCCACAGAACACGACAAUGGAUGUGGCUGAGCAGACAGAACCUCUAACAGGAAGCCAGAUGUGCACAUCAGUAAGAAGUCCAGGCAAUCGUAUUGAGCAUAGAGAGGAAAAUGAAUUAAACAUGUAAGUGAGAAAUGACCACAGAUGUACCCUUACCAUUAAAAUAAAUAAAUAACCAGCAGUUAAUUGUACAGCAGUGAUGAAGGUUACCAAUGUUACCGAGUUUUUUCAUGUGUUGCAGGGGGUUGGACUAGAUGACCCUCGGGAUCCCUUACACCUCUACAAGUCUAUCAUUCUUUGCAUGAGGACAUAUUGGAGCUGCACAAAGAGAUAAACCACUUGAGGAUGCAAGCUGGAGUUGAAGAGCAAUAGUCGGUUUGAAAAUCUGCUGCCAUUUUUAUGUUAACCCCCCCCCCAUAUGAUGUACUACAGCACAGCUUUAAUAUUAUACAAAUUGUUGAUACUUUUCAUCAUCUCUUUCACAUGUGUGCAACAUUGUUUUUUAAAUGGUAAAUGUUGUUGUUUGGAAUGGCAUGUUAGCCAUUAUUAUUCUCAUUUUUCAUUUGUGGAACGUUGGAGGGUUUGUAAAUGUGCAUUCCGUCGUUGACCAAUUUUGCAAUGUUUAAUUUUGAUUAUGUUGCUUUCAAUGCAUGCUUUACUUUUGAGUAAUGUUUUAUUCUGGAUUGUUUUAUUGGAUGCUUCAAUGUCAGUUGCAAACUGUUUUGAGAUCAGUUGUAGAAGCAGUAGCAAAGAGACGUGUAAAGUUCAUUGGCUUCACGCCUUAGAUUCCUGUUACAACGCCUUAUAAACUUUGCUAUCACAGGAAAUACUGCACGUUCCCCCCUCUAACAAACCCUGCUUCUGUAACUCUGUGUGAGACUUAAUUUGAGAGUCAGGCAUUUGAGCCCCACAUUGGGCAAAAGAUUCCUUUUUUUAAAAAAAUGAUAUUUAUUGAAAUUUUUUAAAAAAUUACAAGAAAAAGACAAAACAGAAAAAGAAAAAGGAAAGAAAAAAUAAAAUAAAACCAUCAUUCUGAAAUUCUCCACUUUCAUUACCUUCUUUCUUUGACCUCCUCCUCCUCCCUUUUCUUGUAUCCUAAUUAAUAAUUUUCGCAGCAAAUCCUUUCCAUAUUUCAUAGUAUUCUGUCAUUACAUUACCUUAAUCUAUUUUCAUCUUAUCUUAUAAAAAACCUUAAAGCUUAAAACUUAAAUCUUAUUUUUACCAACUUCUCAUAACCAUAACAUUCUUACCUAAUUCUUUAAAACAUUUUUACAAGAGCCAAGUAAUUUCAUUUCAACAUUUUUCUAACAUUCAUCAAUUUUAUAAAACAAUCCUGAUGGUAAAAAAAGAAAUAAGAGCAAUCCAAUCUUCAUCCAGCGUCCCUUCCUCCUGGUCCCGGGUUUUGUCAGUCCUUUUUAUCCCAUUGAUCUAGCACAUUAACAUGGUGAUCUUAUAUCCGAGGCCCUCAAGUCUCUUCCAUGUCCCUUCCGCAGCUCUUCUUCAUAUUUUCCUUUCACUCGUGGGAACGCCAGCUUGAUAAUGUUUUUGACCCUUUUCAACAAAUCAACCCCUUUUCCAUAGUCCAGACUAAACUCCAUGUGGUAUUUGAAGACAUGUUUCAGAUUCCCUCCGAAAUUGAGAGCCCCCACAGCUCCAAACAUCUGACGGCCCAUUGCCAGACUCGGAAAGUCCAAACAUCCCUGCAUGGGGGGGUCGGUCCAACCCCCCAUUUCCAAACCAAACCAAACUUUAUCUUUCCAAAUCUGAUUUUUUCCAAGUUCAUUUGUCAAAUCCAAAGACUCAUAUUCCUGCAGGGCCGAAAAUCCCUCCCUUUCUGGCGCCCAAGAUUCAGCAGCAUCCUCUUCUCUCAUCUGUUCUGUCAUGGCACACUCCUGUUUUAGUUCCUGGGUGGGCUCCAUAUAGUUUCCCACUACCUGUUCAAAAGUUCUGACCGCAUUAGUCAUCAAAUCCGUCUUCUGACUUAACUGAUCCAAUAGGGCAUUUAGUUUACAGAGAGCACACAACAGAGCUUCUGAAAGCAUUGUCCUGCAAGGUCACAAGUCCUUUCCCACGGUUGUAAUCUGUGGCAGCUGCAAGCUCCCUAGAAUUAGUUACAGUUUCACAGUCCCCCUCUAGGGGGAAAGCUUCUGGUUGUUCUUUCUUUUAAGGACAAUAGCAACAAAGUUUCUUUUUAAGAUAUUUUGUCAAUAUUUGUUCCUUUAAAAUGCGAAAGGAAACAAUGAAAUCACAAUGUUACUCUUCUUUUAGCUAUCUGUCAAAAACAUUUGUCUCUGGUCAAUGAGCUUCAAACGUCAAUUCUGACACCCCACUCCAGGAUCAGGACGGUGGAAAGUUACUUUGCUUUAGACUCACUUCUGCAGGUUUAAACAGUCCAAAAAAGAUUCCCCUUCUUCUCCUGCUACCGAAGGGGGGUUCAACAAUUUUAAAUGAUGAAAGCCAAUCCUUUGAAAGUAAUUUUCUAAGCUCUAGUUUACGUUGUCUUUGCUUUACUCUGACUACAAAGAAACGGAAGGCUGACUUCCUGUUUAGACCUUCCUGUUUCAGUACCAAAUUGAAGUGAAUUUUUAAGUCCAAUUCCUUUCUGCUCAUCAGUUCUUAUUUAAAGUCAAAUUGUUCAAUGUUUAAGUACUCACGGGUGAUUAUUUUAGAUGCCAAAUUGUCCCAGGAAAAAGGCAGCGCUCUCCGGCAACGGCUAUGCGGCUUCGCUCCACGGAAAAAGCAAUUGACUCACAGCACCGCGCCACGUCCCCCCUCUUCGCUUCGGAGCCCGUUAGUGGGUUCCUUUGCGGGUUGGGGGGGCGCUAAGGGUGCCCGCUGAGUCCCACGGUCACAGGCUUCAUCCGCCUGUGAUUUCUAGAAGGGUCCCCGCUUUGCCGCAGCGGAAAAGACCCGUUUCGCGCGGAGCUGGUCCCUCCAGUUCAGAGGGAGUCCGCCAUUGCCGAUGGCGCCACCCCGGAAGUCCUCUGGGCAAAAGAUUCCUAUGUUGCAGAAGGUCGGAUUACAGGACCACUGUGAUCCCUUCUUUGCUUCUGUUAUUCUAUCCCCUUGGCUCCCUUGCCCCCUUCACCUCUCCAUUUGUUACUCUUCCAUCUUCUUUUCAUUCCAACAUCUCUUGUUAUCCCUGAUGUUGAAAUUGUUAUCCCUUUGGUGGGCAGGGAGAUCUGUCUGUCUGUCUAAGACCUUGCCAAAGUGCUACAAACACUUUUAUAACAAAAUAUAUUGAUGGUUAUGACAUUUAGCAUGAGGAUAUGCGCCAGGUCCAUGUACAGAAGCUUUGUUCUGAAUGAGAAUUUAUUCCGGGUUUGGGGUUAUUUUUCUUUGUAGGUAUUCUGUUUUCUGUCUGUACCCUGUUAUAAAAAAAAUUGCCCUUUUCCCUUAUGGGGUAUCCAAGAGCCCAUAUAGAGUCCUGUACAUAUUGGUAGGAGAGAAUAACAGAGGCCAACCAGAGAAUAUUGAGAAGCAAAGCAACCAGUAAGCUUGAUCUUUAUUGAUCUGUUGCAACAGGGUGCUCCCCUCACCCGCAGGAGAGAGGAAGAACCCAGAAAAAAUGCUGUGCAAGGCCUUAUAAAGACUUUUGAAAUUGCCACCCUGUAGAUCAAGACCACCCCAGAAACAUCAUACAUACAUCACAGAAGGGGUGUAACCUAAGACCACCCCUCAGAUACAUCAUACCUACAUCACAGAAAAGGCGGUCUUAAAACAGAAAUUUGAAUGUUUUUCUCCUGUCAUUGUUUAUCUCCUAUCUGGCAGGUUACUUGAUUGGAUUUCCUGGGUAGCCUGGCCAAUCUUUUGUACUGAUAAAUACUUAGUUCCUGGGCCAGGUCACAGGCUCACACCCUAUUCAUAUCUUAAAUGUGCCCUUAAGACAGGAUUUGUGAGGAAAGAGACAAUGGGGAGGUUUCCCACUUUGACCUUGCAGAGAAAACAUUUGCUCAGUUUAGGAAUCAAAAUGGUUCCAGGUUGGUCUUCCUGUGCUGAUCUAUGUACGUGCUUGGUUAGUACAUUUAUGAACAUUUCCAUAUAUCUAAGACCUAAAAAUUCCUAUCACAACCCUUUACAGAAUCCCUUCCAAUCUUUGCCCAAGGAUACAAACAGAGCCAGUGUCAGAAGUAAGCACUGUAUUUUUCAUUUCAUUUCAUAUGAAAUUUACCAUGUUACACCCUAAAAGAAAACUUUAUGAAGAUGCAAUUUCAAUGGUACCUGACACCACUAAAAUUAUCUAAAAUGUACAAAAAUGUUUCAAGUAAAUAUUGGAGGUCUGGGGAAGUGGAAGGCUCCAUGCUACACAUGCAGUGGACCUGCAAGAAAAUUAAGGAAUUCUGGAAUGUUAUUUAUGAUGAACUUUAAAAAACUACCAAAGUAUCAUUUCUAAAAAAACCAGAGGCUUUCCUCCUUGGGAUUCUGGGCCCAGACAUACCCAAAAAAUGCAAAAGAAAUAUUCUUUUAUGCGACAGUAGCAGCAAGAAUAUUGAUUGCAAUGAAUUGGAAGGGAGAAAAAAUCCCAACAAAGCUGGAGUGGCAAAGUAAGUGGUUAGAGUAUGCUGAAAUGGCAAAAAUGACAGAAAAGCUGAGAGGUAAUACUGAACAGACCUUUAUUUGAAAAUGGGACAUUUUCGGAAAAUACCUAAAGGAUUAUUGCAGUAAUGUGAUGUCAGUAGCAGCAUUCGAAUGACUUCUGUGUUAGAAUGAACAAAAAUAAGAGAAUAUAACAGUGACCUAUAUUAAUAAAAAGAGAUAGAGAUUAAUAGUGUAUCAGAUAAGUAAAACGGUAAAUACAUGGUGGGGUGGCGGGAAGUCAUAGGAAUUUUAACAAGAAUGUAUGGUGAUAUGAAUGAGCAAAUACUGAUAUUCUUUUGUAUUUUCACUUGGAUUUUUCAUACAAUUGUUUGUUAUAAAAAGGUAAAGGACUGUUAGGUCCAGUCGCGGAUGACUCUGGGGUUGCGGCGCUCAUCUCGCUUUACUGGCUAAGGGAGACGGUGUACAGCUUCUGGGUCAUGCGGCCAGCAUGACUAAGCCGCUUCUGGCGAACCAGAGCAGCGCACAGAAACGCCAUUUACCUUCCCGCUGAAGCGGUACCUAUUUAUCUACUUGCACUUUGACGUGCUUUCGAACCACUAGGUUGGCAGGAGCUGGGACUGAGCAAUGGGAGCUCACCCCGUCGCGGGGAUUCGAACCGCGACCUUCUGAUCAGCAUGCCCUAGGCUCAGUGGUUUAGACCACAGCGCCACCCGCGCCAUACUUUUCUUUAAUUUCAAUAAAGCAUAUAAAAUGGAAAAAAGAAAGAAGUAAGCACUUUAAGGCACCUGCUGAGCCCCACACUCCUACAGAGGGCCCACCGCCACACUCUUCUUUUCCGUCGUAGUGCAAAUUUAUUCCAAAACACACAUUGUUUUUGCGCACUUUUGCCUAAUAUAUGUUUUUUCCAAAGCAGCUUUCUCUAAUAUAAUGCAUUUUUAAAUAUUGUUUUCACUAAUGGAUGCUUUUGUGUACACCUUUCCCUAAUACAUGCAUUUUUUUGGUACGCAUACUUGGUUGCAAAUUUGUGUACUGUUUUGAAAAGUGCAUAGAAGGCAGGUUUGCCUUUAAGUGCAAACUGAACUGAAUUUCGCUGCCCUCCCUUGCGCAGAGUGGGAGCACAGGGAAGUAGACAGCAGUGCCUUGGAGAGGGAGGAAGCUCGCUAAGGGUAUCUUUGCUACCGUGGAGGGGCGAGGGAGGUAUGGUGGUGGGGACAGAUGCUAUAGGCGAAGGGGAUCGAGAUACGGAUAUGCUCGUACCCCUUCCAAUCUGCGCCCCAUCCCGAGGGACGAGGGUAGGGUGAGCAAGGAUUACUCACCUCCGUCACUGGUGUUGUGCAAUGCCAGGUCUAUAGGCAACAAAACCGCCACUCUGCGAGAUUUCUUUACCUCGCAGGGGGUUGACCUGGCUUGUGUGACGGAGACCUGGGUACGCGAAGGGGCAACAGUUACCUUACGAGAGAUGGCGCCCCGGGUUUCUCCGUCCUCCACCAGUCACGGACUGUGGGCCGGGGGAGGGGUGGCAUUAUUAAUCCGGGAAGAUUGUCCUUUCAGGGCUCUACCAUCGCCAUCGAUCCCCGGCAUUGAAUGUGUUGGCCUAGUGUGGGGCUCUGAGGUGAGCUUGGCUGUCUGGCUGGUGUACCGGCCACCUAGCGCACCAGCAGCCACCCUGUCAGGCCUACUGGAGGCGGUGGCCGGCUGGGCCUUGGAGUUCCCUAACCUAUUGGUAUUGGGGGACUUCAACAUCCAUGCUGAUGCCACUCCCUCCUCACAGGCUCUGGACCUGGUGUCUUCCAUGGCAACACUAGGGCUCUCCCAGUUUGUUUCAGGCCCCACACAUCAAGCAGGCCACACGCUGGAUUUGAUCUUUAGCGUAGGUAUAGAUGUGAUGAUGUCUCCUUCAAUUAAGGUGCCAUGGUCUGAUCACUACGCUCUGAAAGCCAGGAUUGACUUUCCACCCCCACCCUGCUUAGGUGGCGAGCCGAUUUGGGCUCGCCUGCAGAGGCUGAUGGACCCUGAUAGAUUCCGUCAAGCCUUGCGGGACCUUGCUCCCCCUGGCGACUCAUUGACUGAGCUUGUUGAGGGCUGGAAUACCCAGCUCCUGGCAGCCAUAGAUGAGAUCGCACCUAAGCGCCCUCUGCGACUCCGCAGAAACCAGGCUCCCUGGUUUACCGAGGAGCUUCGGAAAAUGAAGCGGGACCUCAGACGGCUAGAGCGAGUAUGGCGGGGUGCCCGUGACGGAGCCUCAAGAACAUCUUAUAGGGUUUUAUGAAAACCUAUGAGAUGGCGGUGAAGGCCGCUAAGAAGUCUUACUUCUCGGCCUCCAUUGCAUCCGCUAGCUCUCGCCCGGCGCAAUUAUUUAGUAUAAUUAGGUCUUUAACGUCCCUUGAAGGACAGCCAAAUUUAAAUAACAAUCUGACACACAGCUGUGAGGCAUUUGCGAGCUUUUUUGCGGAGAAGGUCCUGUUGCUCCGCCAUGACCUCCCUGCCAAUUUGGAUACAAUAAAGGAACUGGAGGCCCCUCGACUGUCCUCGGGUCCAGUAUUGGACCACUUUGAUCGGAUAUCCCCAGCCGAUGUGGACAGACUCCUCCGAGCUGGAAAGCCCACCACCUGUCCUCUUGACCCGUGCCCGUCUUGGCUGAUUAGAGCGUGUCCAGACGAGGUGCGGGCCCCUGGGGAUAUCAUCAAUUUGUCCCUUGGCACCGGGAUAUUUCCAGGGAAUUGAAGGAGGCAGUGGUGCGCCCGCUCUUAAAGAAAACAUCAUUAGAUCCCUUAGAUCUAUCCAAUUACCGCCCGGUUUCGAAUCUUCCAUUCCUGGGUAAGGUGAUUGAGAGAGCGGUUGCUGAACAGCUUGGUAGGUUUCUGGAUGAAACAUCGGCUCUGGAUCCAUUCCAGUCUGGCUUCCGCGCUGGUCAUGGGACCGAGACGGCUCUGGUCGCCCUAACAGAUGAUCUCCGCAGGCAGCUGGAUCGAGGCGGGUCGGGGCUGCUGAUUCUUCUAGACCUGUCAGCAGCCUUCGACAUGGUUGAUCACGAACUCCUGGACCACCGCCUUGCCGACGUGGGGAUCCAGGGCACAGUCCUUCAAUGGCUGCGCUCGUUUCUCUCCGGUCGGGGACAGAGGGUGGCGCUUGGGGGAAUUGUCAUCCCGCCACUCCUUGGUGUGUGGAGUGCCUCAGGGUGCGAUACUCUCCCCGAUGCUUUUAACAUCUUUAUGCGCCCCUCGCCCAGCUUGUCCGGAGUUUUGGGCUGGGUUGCCAUCAGUAUGCCGAUGACACCCAACUCUAUCUGUUGAUGGAUGGCCAUCCUGACUCGGCCCCAGACACACUGACCAGAUGUUUGGAAGCUGUGGCUGGAUGGUUACGCGGAAGCCGGUUGAAGUUAAAUCCUUCGAAGACAGAGGUCCUCUGGCUGGGACGGGACGAUAUGGGAUUGGGGGGGCAACUCCCAUCUCUUGCGGGGUGCAAUUAGUGCCAGCACCGUCCGUUAAGAGUUUGGGUGUAAUCUUCGAUACCUCCCUCUCUAUGGAGGCGCAGAUUACAGCUAUAACAAAGGCGGCAUUUUUUCAUCUCCGCCAAGCUAAGCAGUUGGCCCCUUAUCUCUCUCGCCCUGACCUAGCCACUGUGAUCCACGCGACGGUCACCUCCAGACUGGAUUAUUGUAACUCGCUCUACGUGGGGCUGCCCUUGAGACUGACCCAGAAACUCCAGCGGGUGCAGAAUGCCGCGGCGAGACUCCUUAUGGGGUCUUCGCUGCGAGAUCACAUUCAUCCGGUACUAUACCAGCUGCACUGGCUCCCGGUGGAGUACAGGAUCAGGUUUAAGGUGCUGGUUUUAACCUUUAAAGCCCUAUACGGCCUAGGACCCUCGUACCUACGGGACCGCCUCUCCUGGUAUGCCCCACAGAGGAACCUACGGUCUGCAAAUAAAAACAUCCUGAAGGUCCCAGGCCUCAGAGAGGUUAGGCUGGCCUCAACUAGAGCCAGGGCUUUCUCGGCUGCGGCUCCAAUCUGGUGGAACGCUCUGUCACAAGAGACUAGGGCCCUGCGGGACCUGACAUCUUUCCGCAAGGCCUGCAAGACAGAGUUGUUCCACCAGGCCUUUGGUCAGGGCCCAGCCUGACUCCCACCUCCGGCAACCUGCACAGAACUUUGCUUAACGGUUGCCAUUAAUUUGAUUUUAAUUAAUUUUUAUAAUGAAAUGUUUUAGAAUGUUGGAUUAUUUGAUUGUUUGAUUAUUUGUUUGUUGUUAGCCGCCCUGAGCCUGGCUUCGGCUGGGGAGGGCGGGAUAUAAAUAAAAUUUAUUAUUAUUUAUUAUUAUUAUCUUGCCAGGAGCCCCCCAAAAUCUGGAACUGGUGUGCGAUACCACUUCUUUUCAGCUCCCCUCUCAUUAGUUCCUUGAAUUGUUUCUCAUUUCUGUGUGUCUUCCCCCCCUCUGUUUUUGAUGUUUACUUUCCAUUGCACUCAUGCCUCUUUCUUUAGGAUGGAUUUAGUCAAUCGAAAGCCUUAUAUCCCCCCCCUCCUUCGGGGUGUAGAAUUUCUUUGUCUCUUAAAAUCUCACCUGCAAUGACCUCUGUUGUCUUAGCCCUCUUAAGUUUUGUGUGGGAGGCAUUAUUAGCGAGGCGACACACAAAUUUCCAGUGCAUUUUCAUAUGUAUAAAAGGGUUCCCUUGGCAACGAUUAGGAGCCAAAAUCUAUCUAACUUGACAGCAAAGAGUGCACGAACUUGGCAUCUUCUGCUUCCUCACUGUUCAAGGCAGCCGUUCCUUUUGCUAAACGUAUCAGAGAUCUGUUCCUUCCCCCCAAGUGAAAUUCAAAGGGAAAUGCAACCUCGGUGGCUGUAAUUUUAUUACGGGAAGGAUUUCUGCAGAAAGGAAAUGGCAUCUGGGGCACGGCAUAUCCUUUCUACCCUUGCUUGUCAGCUAUGCCCUUGAACAAGUGUGGGCAGUGAGGAAAGAAAGAAUCUUUGAGGGUUGUUGACAAGGAGGCAUGAGCACUGCAUGUCAAAGAAUAUCUUUCCAGGCAAGAGUUCCUUACAGAAUCGUUGGAAGGGACCACAAGGGCCAUCUAGUCCCCUGCAAUGCAGGAAUCUCAGCUAAAGCAUCCCUGACAGAUGGCCAUCCAACCUCUGCUUAAAAACCUCCAAGGAAGGAGAGUCCACAACCCCCUGAGGGAGUCCACUCCACUGUCAAACAGCUCUUACUGUCAUAAAGUUUUUUUCCUGAUGUUUAGUCGGAAUCUCCUUUGUUGGAAAUUGAAACCAUUGUUUUCGAUCCUAACCUCUGGAGCAGGAGAAAACAAGCUUCCUCCAUCCUCAAGAUAUUUGAAGAUGGCUAUCAUACCUCUUCUCACUCUCCUCUUUCCCAUGCUCAACAUACCCAGCUCCUUCAACCAUUCCUCGUAAGGCUUGGUUUCCAGACCCUUAUGGGCCCGUCCAUCUCCUCUCCUUGCCUUCUCUUCUAAGAUAUUUCCCCAUCUUCCAUAAAAUCUGCAGCUGUCUUCUCUCGGUGUGUCUUAGAAAGAGGAUUCAGGGUGGAACAUAGGAAUCUGCCUCACACGAAGGCUGGAUCUACAUUGAACUGAAAAAAUGCUUUAAGAAAAUCCCAAACGUAAUAUAGCUCUCAAUGUAAUUCCCCAUUGAUGGUGGAUCACUGCUCUACAGCGGCCUCUGGUGUCACAUUUUCAUAAUAUAUUUUUGAUGUUAUACCGUAUUUUUCCAUCUAUAAGAUGCCCCGUCUAUAAGAUGCCCCCUAUUUGGGGGGCCUCAAAAUUUAGAAAAUAAGGGGGGUGGAGCUUUUGGGGAGGAUUAUUUGGGGGGAAUGCUGAAAAUUGCUCACCCGCCGGAACGCAGCACACAACCACUAGCGUCGCAGCUGCCUGAUCGCCACUAUUGGCCCUCUUGUUUGCCGCUGCAGCAGCCAAUAGACAGCUGCACUUGUCGCAGCAAGCGGAAGUGUGAUUGGUGGCUGCUGGCAAACAGAAACCACCUACCAGCUCCCCAAUCGCCACUAGCGGCCACCAAUCACAAUCAAGCGGCCAAUCACAGUUUACAAUCUCGGGCUUGUGCCAAAAAACCAUUCGUGCGUCACCCCUCAGCACUACCCGUGUAUAAAAUGAGCCUAAAUUUUGAACCUCAUUUUUGGGUCAAAAAGGCUCGUCUUAUACACGGAAAAAUACGGUAGCUAACCAGUGUAGAUUAGCCCCAGGUCAGACCAUUGGUACACCUAGCUCAGUAUUUUCCACACUGGCUGACAUUCCUAGCCUAGCUGGAGACACAUGGGACUGAAUCCAAUGCAGGUGCAUUUCUGCUGAGCUAUGCCCCUCCCCCUUUGGAAUGAUAGCAACCUGACUUACAUCUGAUGGAUUACUUGAGCCAACAUGGAGGCAGACUGGGGGUUGAAAGGUGGCAGUGGAGCAGUUUUUAAACUGAUCUGGUAGGAGCCAAGGAUCACCGGGUCUGGGAUGAAUCAUUGCUCAGAGCUAAAUAUAAAUAAAUGUGCUGGAAAUGUAAGGAAAAAGAAGACACCUUUUAUCAUACGUGUUGGAAAUGCAAGGUAGUAAAAGAAUUUUGGGAAAUGAUAUAUAAUGAGUUGGGAAAAAAUGUUUAAAAUAGCCUUUCUUAAAAAACCUGAAGGCUUCCUUUAAGGAAUUCCAGGUGUCGAAAUCCUAAGGGAGCAGAAAAGACUAUUUAUGUAUGUGACCACGGCUGCGUGGAUGUUAUUGGCCCAGAGAUGGAAAGAAGAAAAAGUCCCUACCAGAGAAGAAUGGCAGAUCAAGUUAAUGGAUUAUGCCAAGCAUAAGCAAACUCAGCCCUCCAGAUGUUUUGGGACUACAACUCCCAUCAUCCCCGACCACUGGUCCUGUUAGCUAGGGAUGAUGGGAGUUGUAGUCCCAAAACAUCUGCCAGGGCCCAGUUUGCCUAUGCCUGGAUUAUGCCAAAAUGGCUAAAAUGACUGGAAGAAUCAGAAAUCAGGAAGACCAAAAUUUUAACAAGGAAUGGGGAAAAUUUAUAACUUAUCUUACAGACCAUUGUAAACAGUUAAAAUCGUCAGUAGGAUUGGAAUAUCACUUGUAGUUUAAGGAUGAAUUUUGGACACAAUGGAGAGGUGAAAGAUUAGGAUGGUCAUAAAAGAUGCAGGCGGAACUGAUUAACAAUAGGACCCACAAAAGGGAGGAGGGAAGUCCAAGAGAUUCCUUGGAAUCUUGUUUUUAUGUUGUAUGUUGGAUAUGUGACUAUAAAUUUUUAAUCUGAAAAACCAAAUAAAUAAAUUUAAUAUACAAAUAUACAAAUACAAAUAUAAAUAAAUAUAAAUAUAAAUAUAAAUAUAAAUAUAAAUAUAAAAUGUAUGGUUUCUUUCCAGGCAGCCACAAAGAGCAUUCUGGAUGGACCAAAUCAGCAUGGACAUAUACUGGCUGAAGAAAUGUGUGUAUGUGGAAGCUUGUAAUCUUUUGUAGUGACCUUGUUCACACACAUCCACCGAAGAAAUGCAGGAGAUGUGUCCAUAACAGAACAGUUGACAGCAUCAAGGAGCAAUCUACCUUCUCCUGAUGCACCUGACAACUGGAGGCAAGGAAGGCGGGAGGGAGGGAAGUUUCCCACUAUUCUAUAAUUUAAUUGUGUGAUCCUAUACAUGUCUACUGACGAAUACAGUUCAUUGGGAUUUACUGCCCAGUAAGUGUGGAUAGAAAAGCAGCCUUGCCCUCUCGAAUGUUGCUUGGAAGGUACUUCCAUAAAUUUGGUUUACAGAACUUUAGGGUUUGUUCAGGAGAAUGUGAUCGGUUUAGGAUGAACUCCAGAGAGUUUGAAGUUUUGUUUCCAUCCUUCCUGAGUUACUUUCUGUGACUUUUACAAGAAGAUGCUUUGAGUGCAAAAAAAAAAGGAAAGGAAAGGAAAAUUCCAGAUUAGAAAAUCAACAACAUGCUCUAAACUCAUAAAGCUGCUAUGCGUAUAGAAUAACUGCAACCAAACAUGCCAGUGUGGACAAUUUGUUGGCUGAAUAAACUCGUAAAAAUUCAUAGGAAUUGUUGAAAAGCAAACAAAAAGCGGAGUCUGGAAGUGUCUAUCACAACCACACAGGGAAAUGCGAAAGCAAGACACAAGGCUGGAUGAACGGGGCCAUCUUUAAUUUAACACAACAGAUCCUCAGUAGGGAACCCUGGUGAGGGAUGCAUAACUAACUGUGGGUGAGCCAACUCUGUCAAGUGUGAGGGAUAACUUUUCAUAUACAGUGGUACCUUGGGUUAAGUAUUUAAUUCGUUCCAGAGGUCCGGACUUAACCUGAAACUGUUCUUAACCUGAAGCACCACUUUAGCUAAUGGGGCCUCCUGCUGCUGCCACGCUGCUGGAGCACGAUUUCUGUUCUCAUCCUGAAGCAAAGUUCUUAACCUGAAGCACUAUUUCUGGUUUAGCGGAGUCUGUAACCUGAAGUGUAUGUAACCUGAGGUACCACUGUAGCUCUUCCCUAGCUAAGCGCCACCAUUUCAAGUCAGCAGGGAGAUGUUCCACUCCCUCUACAGGUCCCACAACCCCCAAGUGGGUGUUAAGGAUUGCUUCAAAGGCCCAAACCAUGGGGUGGAAUUCAGUGUAGCUCCAAGUGGGCUAUGUGCACUGGGAGUGAGAUUUAGGGGGUGGGGCACAGGGGAAGGAGAGAGGGCAGUCCCAUGGUGGAAGUGAACCUUGUGUCAUGCAAACAACAACUUAGUUGGAUCCCAUCCACAAACCACAGUUUGCAAUUGCUUCUGAACCUGCAAACUACAGUUAGCACUUGCUGUCCAAAUGAGGAUUGCAAAGCAUAUACUGUCCUGGAUUUGCAACCCUGGUUGUGACUCAACUCAAUGCUGUGGGUGUGCUAAACACUGUAAGAAUCUCAUGAUGUGGGGAGGUGUCUGGAAGAAAAGCGAGAAAAGUGCCGUUUGAUUUGGUGACAUCUACCACAGAGGGUAAGGGACGCGGGGGGCGCUGUGUGUUAAACCACAGAGCCUAGGACUUGCUGAUCAGAAGGUCGGCGCUUUGAAUCCCCGCGAUGGAGUGAGCUCCUGUUGCUCAGUUCCAGCUCCUGCCAACCUAGCAGUUCGAAAGCACAUCAAAGUGCAAGUAGUUAAAUAGGUACUGCUCCAGCGGGAAGGUAAACGGCGUUUCCGUGCACUGCUCUGGUUCACCAGAAGCGGCUUAGUCAUGCUAGCCACAUGACCCGGAAGCUGUACGCCAGCUCCCUCAGCCAGUAAAGUGAGAUGAGCGCUGCAACCCCAGAGUCGGCCACGACUGGACUUAAUGGUCAGGGGUUCCUUUACCUUUACCACAGAGGGUACCACCACUGAAAUUCUGAAUCUAUAGAAUUUUCUGAAUCAAAUGGCACCUUCCUUGCCUUUCUGACAGAAAUCUAUCAAUUUAUUUACAUAUGUUCCUAGGAUGCUUCACACACAAAAAACCCUCCUGUUUGGAUUAUACCUCGUUUACAAUACCAUAUGUCUGCAUUUUCUUCUUGGGAAAACACUUGAUUGGUUUAAUGCUUUUCAUUCAAAUGAAUCCCAAGGUGGCUUACAAGCACUAAACCUCAAAUUCCUUCACCACAUUUCGAUGGCCUAGUGGCUAGGUUUCCUCACAACACUAAAGCAAACUGUGGCUAAGCAUGGAUGAGCAAGGGUUUGGGCAAGCAAGUGUGAAAAUCAGUUGCUUCAUUCCUCACCAGUCUGUUGCUGCCAAACUUCUCAGAGCUCAGCCACGUUUUGGGUUAGCAUUGCAUACAUGGACCCAGACUCACUGUUUGUCUCACUCCAAACAAACCAGAAACUAGUCAAUAUAUUUUUCUUAGGGUUAGGGCUGGCUUCGCUCUGGGUAGCUCUGGUUACACCUGCUCAUUCAUGUUUAGACGCGGGUGGUGCUGUGGUCUAAACCACUGAGCGUCUUGGGCUUGCCAAUCGGAAGGUUGGCUGUUUAAAUCCCCAUGACGGCGCGAGCUCCUGUUGUUCUGCCCCAGCUCCUGCCAACCUAGCAGUUCAAAAGCACACCAGUGCAAGUAGAUAAAUAGGUACCACUGAAGAGGGAAGGUAAACGGCGUUUCCAUGUGCUGUGAUUUCUGUCACGGUGUCCCGUUGCGCCAGAAGCGGUUUAGUCAUGCUGGCCAGAUGACCCGGAAAACUGUCUGAGGACAAACACCAGCUCCCUCAUCCUGAAAGCGAGGUGAGCGCCAUAACCCCAUAGUCACCUUUGACUGGACUUAACCGUCCAGCGGUCCUUUACCUUUUCACUUUGAGCCAUAGUUUGGCUUAGUGUUACAUGCAGGCUGGGUCAAUGGGUCAUUAUGGUGAUGAGAGGUCUAUAUUUGCCUUCUCUGUACCCCCAUUCAGCCUUCCCAAUUCAGGAUGGGUACACAUGUUUCAAGCUUAAGGCUACAGUUCCAUGCCUACCAGCCAAAAUGCAUAUAUAAGAUUGCACUAUAAGACACUUGUACCUAGGCAGAGGGAAGGUUGUAUCAUGAUAUGGCAGAUACACAUGGACCUUCCGAUCCCCAUAGUGGCCUCCAUGGUGGAGGAAGUACACUGUGAUGGCCAUCCCUCUGUGUGCAGGUGUGACACUCACACUUCAAUGGAUCAAACCUUAAGUGAAGCCAUUUUUGGAGAAGGAGAACAUUUUGCAUCAUCUGGGACUUCUCCAGGUCUGUUUUAAAGCAACAAACACUUGAGAUAUUAGCUGUGAUCAACGGUGGCCUCAUCAGUUAAGCAUACUGGCAUGCAAUUUUCUUAACAUUAUCCGGCAUCGUUGUAGGGGUGGGACUUUCUCCACAGCCACGAGCAUUUUAACUCUUUCAGCAUUUGACAGAGAAACCCGUCUCAGUUCCUCAGAAAUUCUGGCGGCAUCUGCUUUUCGACCAGGAAGUCACAACAAGUGCAACAGCUUCAGAAAAACCUCUGACUUCCUGGAAACUGAAGUCAAGAGAGAAAGAGAGGGAAGAGUGGUUUUAGAGAAGUCGGUAAAAAUUGUCUGUGACAUCACUUUGCUGUGA